AUGGCCGACUUGGAUGUGGGAGGAGUUGGACAUCCAGCAACAGGCUGCAGCCAGAGGCUGCUGGGUUUUUGGGGCUUUUUGGGUGUGAGCCUUCAUGCGGAGCUGAGAGUGAGUAAAGCUCCGGUCCCCCGUCCGGACUUCCAGAUGCCCGAACCCGACGGGUGCAGCUCCUACUUCUUUGGGCUUCCUGUUCCAGAAGGGAUGGACGUGGGCGUCCCGGCCAUGACCAAGUGCUGCAACCAGCUGGACAUGUGCUACGACACCUGCGGCUCCAACAAGUACCGCUGCGACUCCAAGUUCCGCUGGUGCCUGCACAGCAUCUGCUCCGACCUCAAGAAGAGCCUGGGCUUCGUCUCCAAGGUGGAAGGUGAGGCUUCCUCUCUCCUGACCCCCGUUGUUGUCAGGAUGAGCCGCUCCACUCUGGUCCUGCUGCUGCUGCUGGGGGGCGUCUGCACGCACGCCCAGGACCCCACCGGGCCCCCCCCGCCCGCCGGGGACCCCCCCCCCGCCGGGGACCCCCCCGGGGACGAGGACUGGGGGGUGAACUCGCUGCGCGGCGGCUUCGAGGCGGUCAGCGGCUACUUCGACUCCGUGCUGGAGUUCAUGGGCGGCCGGGACGGAGUCUGCCAGCACGGGGGCAGACACGGUAAAGCUCCGGUUCCCCGUCCGGACUUCCAGAUGCCCGAACCCGACGGGUGCAGCUCCUACUUCUUUGGGCUUCCUGUUCCAGAGGGGGUGAGAGGUCACUGA